AUGAUCCCUGCCGUCUCCCUGCUGCUGGGCGCGGCGCUGCUCUGCGGCCACGGAGCCUUCUCUCGCCGCGUGGUCAGCGGCCAAAAGGUGUGUUUUGCGGAUUCAAAGCAUCCUUGCUACAAAAUGGCCUACUUCCAUGAGCUGUCUAGUCGAGUGAGCUUCCAGGAGGCACGGCUGGCUUGUGAGAGCGAGGGAGGGGUCCUCCUCAGUCUCGACAAUGAAGCAGAACAGAAAUUAAUAGAGAGCAUGUUGCAAAACCUGACAAAACCCGGAACAGGGAUUUCUGAUGGUGAUUUCUGGAUUGGUCUUUGGAGAAAUGGUGAUGGCCAGACAUCUGGUGCCUGCCCUGAUCUCUACCAGUGGUCAGAUGGAAGCAGCUCCCAGUACCGAAACUGGUACACUGAUGAACCUUCUUGUGGAAGUGAAAAGUGUGUUGUGAUGUAUCAUCAACCGACUGCCAAUCCUGGCCUUGGGGGGCCCUACCUUUAUCAGUGGAAUGAUGACAGGUGCAAUAUGAAACACAACUAUAUCUGCAAGUAUGAGCCAGAGAUUAGUCCAACAGAUCCUGUAGAAAAGCCGUACCUUACAAAUCAGCCAGGAGACUCCCCUGAAAAUGUGGUUGUUACAGAAGCAGGAAUCAUUCCCAACCUAAUUUAUGUUAUUAUACCAACGAUCCCACUGCUUCUACUGAUACUAGUUGCUUUUGGGACCUGCUGCUUCCAGAUGCUACAUAAAAGUAAAGGGAGAACCAAAACCAGCCCAAACCAGUCUACACUGUGGAUUUCCAAGAGCACCAGAAAGGAAAGUGGCAUGGAAGUAUAGUAAUUUAUUGACUUUGUACCAGAAGUAAAAAUAGUUUUGUAAUUCUGGAUCAGUAUAAGUAAUGGCAUCAGAACAUUAGCUUGGAAUGGCUUGAAAUCUCAAAGGAUUUGCAAGAUGAACUGUAAGCUCCCCCUUGAGGC